GUGUCCCUCUAGUGGGUUGCAUUGCUAUUACAGGUAGGUGGCAUUAGGAAUUUCUGAAGUAUUUUAUUUGACAAACUAUAUUAAACUUCACAUAUUACAAAAGUAAAAAGUACACAGACGAGUAUUGCCCUUUCACAAAACUAAACACCGAUCCAAGUUCAACAACCAACCCUGUUUUGAAAAGAUUUAUAGUAGCACUCUCCACUGGUCACAUACUGAAUGAUAACUGUGACAUCUGUAUGCUGCUGUAUGUGUCUUAGGAAAUUGUAUGCUGAUACUGUGUGCUGAAGUAGGUGCUGCAUAGAGACAUAGAAAAGAAAUGUGUGUGCUGAGCUAAAAUACCACUACAUGAGUACGCUAAAAGUAAACAUAGGGGCCAAAGCCAUAGAAGAGCAGAAGCUUCUGCGCUUAUUUUGCUUGAUUUAUUUAUUUUCCUUAUUUAGGGAAAUAGUUAUAUUUUAAUUCCCUUAUUUUGUUUAAGUUAUAUCUUGAUUUCCCCUAGCAGGGCGCUUAGGCAUUUAUCAUGAACUUUUAGCUUUUUUGUGUUUCACCUUUGUGACAGAGAGGUGUCUUAGAAGCAGGCUCUCGUAUGCCUUUACCAAGAAACUGUUUCCGCGCGCACCUAGAAGCAAAGCGCUCAUGAACUUACCACAUGCUUGCAAACCGAGAGUUGACUCAGAAAACAGGGCCUGUACGCACUCACCAAAAGCUUGUUAUGCAGGUUGUUGCCCAACUGGUGAAAGUACGCACACACAUACAUUGUGCAUCUUGCUCUGAUGAAACAGUAUAAAUACGAGUGCUCAACAUCCGCCGCGAUUGUGGAGUCGCUGAUGGAGGAUCUGAGUACAGAGGGCUCCCUGCACAUUGGAUUGAGUUUGCUUUUUACUACCGUUAUAAUUCAUUUCGCAUUUUGUGUUCGAUUUUUUCUUAAAUAAAAUUGACAAAGGCAAAACUUUUGAGGACAACUUUCUUCACUCCCCGCUCUCUCCGGCCCGAUGGAUGACCUGAAUGCCAUCAUUGAAACAACGCUAAACGGGGUUUUUGCCAACUGAGAGAAGAAGCUGAGAUACAGAAAAUGUCCUCCUGCCUUUUACAUCAUCUAACCAAAGAGAAUUCUGGAUUCAUCUGCUUGUGACUCCUGUCCAAGCGGGCUGUCAAGAUGUGGAGAAGAAGUGUUUGAAAUCAGGUUGAACACAUUGCAGAAGGUUGAUCCAAAACAAGACGCUCAACAAUGGAGCUGCCACCCUCAAUUGAAAAAUGGACGAUAGAAGACGUCCACCAUUGGCUGAUGCAAGUGGUCAAAGUUCAUGAGACGUAUGCCAACAGAUUCCAAGAAGAGGAAGUGUCCGGAGAUAGUUUUCUUCUCUUUACAAAGAAAGACAUAUUGGAUUUGGGAAUAAAUCAUGGCCCCGCUGUAAAAAUAAAAUGUUAUCUAGAAAGUCUGAAAGAAGGAUCACAACAUCAAUCACAGUUCCCUGCAUACGUGAGAACCUGGAGCAAGGAGCAAGUCAACCAGUGGUUGCUGCAGCAUGUUAGAUUAUAUAGCAAAUAUGCAGAACGACUUCAAGAGGAAGAUGUGUCAGGAGAUUGCCUUGUUUGCUUCAAAAAGCAGGAUUUUCUAGAUCUGGAUUUGAAAAGUGGUCCUGCUGUGAAGAUUCUGGCAGAACUCGGUCAGCUGGACAAGAAACCGGAGCCAACACUGCAACCAAUCGUUCACACCAGCACAGAGCAAAUGGAGUAUCCAGUACACAAAGCUAUCACACAACCAGAUUCAUAUUACACAACUGAAUCACGAACAGACAAAAUGGUGGAAAAAAAACCUGAUAAGUCUCAGCUACCAUUCCAGAACCUUUCAGAGAUGGAGGGAAUUCAGCAGCCAAAGCAACAGGACUUGGGGGCCAGAAGAAAAACCGCUAUUGUGAGCACCGUCCCAUCAGACAUACCAAAGAUCACUGUGGAGAUCCAGAAAACUCUAGCUAACCUCUUAAAAGAUGACUUAAAACAUUUUCAUUUUUACUUACAAGAGUACACUAAAUCAAAGGAAAAAGCUAUUCCUCGAGGCAAACUGGAAGGAAAAGACAGCAUGGACACCGCUAUGUUAAUGACUCGUCACUACGGAAACAAAGAAGCUUUACAGGUUACAAAAGACAUUCUUCGAGAUAUCAAUCAGCAACAACUUGUUUGUCAGCUGGAAAAGAAAAUGGAUCCAGUGGAACAGAAGAGGGUUUCAAAAGGCCUUUUGAAGAAAGAAGCAAACCAGGGUGACAAACUUAAAAAUUUGUUAACUUGCGGUGGGAACUCACUGGACUAUGCCUAUUUUAUUGUUGUUGUCAACAAGAGCAGCCCUGAUCAAGUGCAGUAUUUUCAAUUUUUGAACAAGCUGAAACUGUUCUGUGUGUUGGACUUUGACCCUCACUCUGUUGAUCCGGGUGGAUUGUGUCAUUCUUACCGUCAGUCAAGGGUGGCCAAUCUGCAUUCACCAACACAGUACAAAGGACCAACUGACUCAGUGAUAAAGAGUCUUAACCUCUACAAGCAAACCAGCUGGGUCUUCUGCAAUGGCAGAUCUGACCUUGACGGUGACUCAAACAAGCAGUUAGACUACAAGAACUGGUUGAGGAAAUCUUGCAAAGAUGUAGAGGAAUUGGUUUCAUUCAUUUGCAACCCUGAGGUUAUUUCACGUGGAGAAAGUCUCAUCAUUUUCCUCUUACUUUCACCUGUUGACACAGAGAAAGACCCAAUCUUUGACAUCUACAAGUCUUUCAUAAAACACAUGGACGAGGAAAGCAUCAUCAAUGUUUGUGAAUCUCAGAUCAUGUAUGAGAAAUGGCGGGAGCUUGUGCAAGAGAAGUGUGACUCUGACAUCGACCACAGAUCAAUAUAUGAGCUGACCCUCAGUGAGGUCAAUGGAACAGUAAUGGCACUGGGACCAUUCAGUCAGUCAUCUGAAAGGUUUCUUCCCUCCUAUGGUUCUAGUUUUGUUGUUCUAAAGCAGAAGGAUGAAGACUUGUUGACAGCUCUGGAUAUUUUGUGUCUGAAUCAGUGUGAAAACACAAUCGAUGAGAAUAGUGCAGAGUUUCAUGACCAUAGAAUCAGAGUUGAGGAGGAAUUCUACAAAGGAGGAAAAGUCAAUUGGUGGAACUUCUACUUCUGUUACAAAGACAAAGAGAAGCCAUUUAUUAAGAGGGAUAAGUAUGAAAAUGUGAAGAAGAUCAUUAAGUCUCAGUUGAGAGAUUCCAAAAACAUGUGUUCGCUACUCAAUCUGUUUCAUCAUCCAGGCUGUGGAGGGACCACUUUAGCAAUGCAUGUGAUGUGGGAUCUCCGUCAAGAGGUCCGGUGUGCUGUGCUGAAAGACAAUACACUGCCAAAGAAAGAGGUUGCUAAUCAAGUCAGUAAGCUCAUGAAACUUGAAAGUGAGAAACCAUUUUCAGUUUUGCUGUUAGUCGAUGAUUCAAAAGAAUCCGAGAAUCCUCACGAACUAGUGAGCUGCAUAGAGUAUGCAUUAAAUAUGAAUGUGGGAGACACACCAAGCUGCAGAGUCAUCAUUAUUAACUGUGUUCGUUCUCACAACCCAAAGGAGCAAUACCGACAGGACAACACAAGACAAAGUCAGUACAUAACUGCUUCACUGACACAAGAAGAACAGGAAGAGUUUGAAAAGAAGCUCAGAGAGCUUAAGGAAACCCAUGAAAAACCUGAAAACUUCUAUAGCUUCAUGAUCAUGAAGAGCAAUUUUGACAAGAAAUACAUCAAGGAUCUUGCUCAUAACAUGCUGAAAAUGUUUGAUUACAGCUCAAAAGAGGCUAGACUGUUUGCCUACUUAGUGCUACUAAACACCUACUUGGCAGGAUCUGAAAUCUCUCUCUCCCUCUGUCGAGAUUUUCUGGGGAUGAAAAUGGUAGAAUGGAAGCAGGACUGCGUACUGAGCAGAAUGGAGCCAUAUUCAAACUUUCUCAUCAUAGACACAGUUGAAGACUUGGGAAGUUACAAAGGAAUUCGAAUCCUUCAUCACUCCAUAGCUUCUGCAUGUCUGGAAGAGUUGGAGAGAAGCUGCUCUUUAAAAGUAAGCGACAUCACUAUGGAGAUUCUUCAAUGUGAUCUCUUCUUCAGUGUUGGAGGUGUCAAGCACAGAUUCACAAGAUCAAUACAUCAAAUGCUGAUCGAAAGGCAGCGCAAGAAAGAUGGAGAUGAGAGAGAGCCAUUUUCUUCACUCAUAGGAAAAAUCCACGAAGACCAUGGGCGACAAACAGUCCAGGAUAUCUUUGUUAAAGCAUCAUCCAGGUUUGUAGCAAGUGCAUCCAUUCCUCAGGCACUGGCAAGAUAUUUGUGUAUCAUGCAGAGUGACUUCCCAGAGGCUCUGCAAUGGGCAGAAAAGGCCAAGAAUAUCAAACAAAACCCAUACACAUUUGACACUAUUGGGCAGAUUCACAAAAGCAAUUUAAAAUCCAACAACCUCAUAGAAAAGCAAGAGACGUACCGCAAUCCAGAAGACUUGAAAACAAACAUCCAAAUUGCAGAAAAUGCUAUCGCAGCAUUUAAAAGGGCUCAAGAGCUGGCAAAUGAAGAGGAUGAAGCUGAGAGAGAAGCUGUUGAUGAUGUGUCAGAAGACUACCCCAGAAAGUCAUAUAAUGUGUGUGGCUAUGUGGGUGUUCUGGACAUUGCCUUCCUGGUCUUUGAGAUAUUGAGCAGAUUGCCGUUCUUUGAGGAAAGUGAUCCAAUGAAGAAGAAAUAUUUGCAGAGUUUUCUUAAAAAAGCUAUCUUGAUCACAAGUGUGCACAAGGAGGACAACGAGCUCAACAACAGAUAUGUGGAGAUCAUUAAAGAACACCAGCAGUUUCUACAGAGUUUGAAAACUCAAGUAAAAGACAUUUUUGAAUUUCUUUCCUUUUACUUCACAAAUAUUAAAAAAUCUGAAUCAGAUUUCCGUGCAAUAGUCAGUGGGCUUUUUAAAAAGUAUGUAGCUAUUUUUGGCACAAAUCCAGAAGAAAGAAAAAAACAACAGCAACACAAUCCACAGCUCAAUUUAGAAAUGGUUAUUGAAGAGCAACGAUUGUUUCUUGAAGAAAAUUUAGCAGAUACAUUUGCAGGAAUUCUUCAGCAUUUGGACAAACCUGCCAUUGAGAUUGAGAAGAUCACAGAAUCCUAUGGCUUCUUGCAACAACAACAAUUCAUCACCCAAAAGCAAAAGACAAAGGAAACAAUCAAUUAUAUUUUGUCAAACAUAGUUCUUUACAUGUUUAGAUUUUGGUUUUAAGAGGUAAAGAGUCACAGCUACCUCUCUGCUCUACUUUUGAAAACUCUCCAAGACGUAGGACUUGGGUGCCCCUUCCCUGAUCCAUACUAUCUGGCUCUGCUGUUACUCUGGCCAAGUCCUGGGCAGGAAAACACAGAAAUCGGGACAUAUGUCAGAGCUAUUCGAAAGUACAAGCGCAUGAUCUUAUCAUUUCGAAUAAGAAACACUAUUGCCAUCCUCUACCUCGGGAAUGGUGAAGGACUCAAGAGGCUUGUUCCUAAACGGCAACUAGAUGAGAAUUUUAAAGAGAUGCGUCGUGACAACCUGGCUCAACUUUGGCGGAAUGGAGAUAUAUUUAAAAACAAAGCCAUCAUCAAGCGGCUUCAACGAGUCAGUGGAACAACCGAACAAGGAGAGCUGUUUGCCAAUUAUGGCAAAGUGAAAAUCCCUGUGCGUCCAGCUUUAAUUGGUGGUAUAAGAAGUGGAUCGAGCACAGAAAAGGUAUCUUUCUACCUUGGUUUUGCCAUUAAUGGACCCCUUGCAUACGACAUCCAGUAUGAAAACUAAGGUGGCUGAUUGUUAAACCAGCGCAUCAGAAGUGCAAAGACAUGAACUGUUCAGUCUGAAAAGAUCAGUGAACACAUCUCAUAAAAGCAUAUGCGCAUUUGAUAACCAUGUAGUCAUGAAGCUCAAUAAAGAUCUGCUGUUGUUUUUGAGAUUAUUUUUAUGAUAUCUAAUCUUGUAUUAACAUUUAUGAUCUACCGUUCAGAGAGUAUAGGUUGUUUUUUUUGCUGACAUUUGCCAAACUCUGUCUUUUUAUUUACUUGAUAAUCGUGACUUUGUACAACCAGCUGACGCAUGAGACGAACCUUUUGGGAAAUAGGUGUGGCAGAAAGUGAGAGAACUUUAAACACAUCUCAUAAAACAGCAUGAACAUUUGAUUGCAGGAUGAAAUGAUAAUCCUACAGCUCUAUCUAUGGAUGUUUGUUUUAUUAUUUUUUAGGCCAUUUGGUUAUUCAUUAUUCACAUUUUCCAUGUUUUUUCUUUUGAUAUUGUUAUCUCCUGCAGAUGUUGCGCAUUGUCUAAACUAUUCAUUUAUCUGAAAAUGCCUUUUUUAUAAACUAUAAAUGUAUCUGGGGCAGUUAUAGCUACCCGUAAUUGGCAACUCAUUUCCUGUUUGCUCUUAUGGAGGGACAGAACCAUCAGAGAAAUCCUCUUUGGAUCAUUUUACAUGGUAAUGUAAUGUAAACACUUGAACUUGAAAUAAACUCAACUGUAUAGCAACCACUGUGUA